UUUUCCUCAAUUUCUGAGUUUUUAACAUAUGUAAUAGCUAAUAUGCUAUUAAGUAGCAUAUUAUUAACAUAUGGGUUUUUUUUUAAAGAAAAUUUUUGUCAAAAAUGGAUUCUAUUAUUGGAUGUGUGACUGAUUUACUAAAUGAAAAACCACCAUUUGAAAACCCACACGAAGUCAUAAAAUUAAUAAUUAAUAGACUGAAAAAUAAUAACUUAGAAGACCACAAGAAAGCUUUAUGCGACGCCGUACAAUUGGCACGACAUCAUCCAGACAUAUUAAAACCUAAUAUGAAAAUAAUAAAUACAAAAGUUAUAGAUUUUCUUAAUUAUCAGCGCAUUCAAGUAGUUCGGUUAGCGUGUCAAACAGCCGGAGAAUUAUUUAGAACGAUGAGAUGUGUAGAUCGACCAAUAUUUGAUCAUAUUGUUGUGGGUUUGAUGUGCAAGACAGCAGAUAAAAAUCAACAAUUAAGAAUUGACGCUAAUUGGGCAUUGGAUAAGAUGGUAAUAAGUGUACCUCUAUUAGUGGCUAUAAAGGCAUUGGCUGGCUGUAGACAUAAAAAUCCAUCAGUUAAGGUAGCCCAGUUACGAUUGAUGCAUGGUGCAGUAGUCAUUGGUGAUCCAAAGAAAAUAUUGAUAUCACCUGGUUUAAAAGAAGCUAGACGUCUGGUUCUCCGAAAUUGUAUAACUGCUAUUGAGGACUCUAAUGCUGAUGUUAGGUUUAAAUCAAAAAAGUUAUUACAGCUUUUGAAAAAAACAAAUUACGAAGUUUUUAGUUCUGCUUUAGUACAUGAUGUCAGUUGGGAUGAGUUGAAACUUGCCGAAAAAAAUUUAAACGUUGAUAAUUUGGCGGAAGUUUUAAAAAAAAACGGCAUGUGA